AUGGUUCGCAACACCGCAUCGAUGCAGUCCCUCCGCGACAGCCUGGCCGAUGUCUCCAUCGCUCCACCAGCCUCGCCAGCAGAGCAACAGCAGCCUCCGCUAACGCCGUACCAAGUCCAACAACGUCUAGUCCAACCACAGACAAUGCAGUUGUGUGGUAACGACGACUACACCAAGGCACUCAUGACCAAGGUUGCAACUGGGCAGGCCACAGACGCCGAAUUAGCUGCGUUCAACAAGCACGUCAACGAAGCUCGAUCACUUCCGUCGAUCCAAAACCUCCUCCAGCGAAGCCCGGAGUCCUCGUCGCCUCCUGCGACUACUCAUCAACCCACUAGUGACCCUAUCAGCUCAGGGCCAACGUACUGUUCAACCAAACUUGGAAAAAACCAUGCCCUCAUGGAUUAUGAGGCGCAGCUUAGGCUACUGGAACUGCAAAACGCUAAGCGCCACCAAAUGGCAAGGGAAGAGAUGGAGAGCGAUGAGAGGACUGACUCGAGGGAGCGCAGAAGACAGGUGCUCAUCGAGAAAGAGAUGGAGCAAUUCAACCACGGAACACCUUGGUCAACGUGGAAGAGAGACCACACUCGGCUCUUGCACGUCGAGCCCAGCACGUGCAGUCGUCAUGAGAAGGAUGAGUUUGAGCUUCUGUGGCAAAAGAAUCUCGCUGAGCAGAGAGCGUCCCGGCGCAAAUCGAAGGGUGGUUUGGCUGCAACUCUUGCUGCCAAUGAGGCGAAACAAGACGAGGCGCUUCGCUUCAAGCAGGCCACUCGCGAGAAUGCGGCCAAAUACACCAAGCCAUUCUGCGACUUCUUGACUGAGAAUCCAACGGUCUUCCACUGCGUUGCGGCCAUGAAGAAGGAUUUGAAGGACUCCGGCUGGACAGAGCUAUCGGAGAGAGAAUCGUGGGACCUCAAACCCUGGGGCCACUACUUCGUCUCGCGCAACGACUCUUCCCUGAUUGCGUUCGUCGUGGGCGCGAACUACGAACCUGGCAAUGGAGCUGCGAUCCUGGCUGGCCACGUCGAUGCACUUACUGCCAAGUUGAAGCCGGUCUCGCAAGUCCCGAACAAGGCUGGCUACCUGCAGUUGGGUGUUGCUCCUUACGCUGGAGGCUUGAACAACACUUGGUUUGACCGGGACCUGGGCAUUGGUGGCCGCGUCCACGUCAAGCAGGGUGACAAGAUUGUGACCAAGCUUGUCAAAUUGGACUGGCCCAUUGCGAAGAUUCCAACGUUGGCUCCUCACUUCGGCGCUGCAGCUCAAGGUCCUUUCAACCUCGAGACCAACAUGGUGCCGAUCAUUGGUCUGGAGGGUACUGAAUCAGCGACGACUAGGUCGUACGAACUUGCCGACCCAUUCAGCCAGCCACCAUUGCUCGGUGGUGCUAAUGGACCCGUUGGCAGCUUCGUCCAGACGCAGCCACCCGCCCUCGUCAAGGCCAUCACUGAGGCUCUUGAUAUUCGCAGCAGCCAGGACGGCACAAUCGUCAACUGGGAGCUGGAACUCUUCGACGUGCAACCAGCCACCGUCGGAGGACUCUCCAAAGAAUUCAUCUACGCCGGCCGCAUCGACGACAAGCUCUGCUCCUGGGCCGCCCUCCAAGCCCUGAUCGAAUCCCAAGUCUACGACACCCGGCACUCGUCCCUCAUCAAAGUCGUCGGCCUCUUCGACGACGAAGAAAUCGGCUCCCUCCUCCGCCAAGGCGCCCGCGGCAACUUCCUCCCCGCGACGCUCGAACGCGCCGUCGGCUCCCUCGCCGGCCACCACCCAUCCUCCGACCUGAUGGGCCGCACCUACGCCAAUUCCUUCCUCGUCUCCUCCGACGUCACCCACGCCGUCAACCCCAACUUCCUCUCCGCAUACCUCGAAAACCACGCGCCGCACCUCAACGUCGGCGUCGCCGUCGCCGCCGACUCCAACGGCCACAUGACGACCGACUCCGUCUCGACCACCAUCCUCAAACGCUGCGCGGACAAAGUCGGCGCGAACCUGCAGGUUUUCCAGAUCCGGAACGAUAGUCGGAGCGGUGGCACCGUGGGGCCGAUGUUGUCGUCGGCGCUGGGGAUUCGCGCGAUUGAUGCGGGACUGCCGCAGUUGAGUAUGCAUUCUAUCCGGGCGACGACGGGCGCGUUGGAUCCGGGGUUUGGGGUUUUGCUGUUUACGGGGUUUUUGAAUGGGUUUGAGGGGGUUGAUAGGGAGUUUCAGGAUGAGAGUCGGUAUUAG